AUGAACAAUGCGAUCAAAGAAGCGGAGGAGCAAGCUGCCCGUGAGGCGGAGGCGGCCGCGGCAGAGCAAGCUCGAAUAGCGGAGGAAGAGAAAGCUAAAGCCGAGGCGGAGGCGAUUGAAGCAGCAGCCGAAGACACAGAAUUCGCCGACCUGGAAGCCAAAAGGGUUAGAAGAGGAGGAAAACUUACUCUCAAGAAGGACAGAGACCGGUGGGAUGUUCUCAAAGCCAAAGCUGAGGAGAGGGCUGCAAAACGAGCCGCCCUUGAAGCCGAAUCGCUGCUCGUCGAGGUACCACCGCCACCGCCUCCAGAACCCGAAGGUCCGGAUCCUGCUCAACUUGCUGCUGAGGAGGAAGCGGCAAGGCUCGCGGAAGAGAAAGCUCGAGCCGAGGCCGAAGAACAGGAAAUCGCUGCCGAGGAGAAAGAACUCGCGGCGCUUGAGGCCAAGAAGGCGAUGAAGAAGGGCAAACUUGUCUUGAAGAAGGACCAGGACCGUUACAACAUCCUCAAAGGCAAGGCUGACCAGCGAGCUGAAGCAAAAGCUGCCGCUGAAGCUCAAGCGGCAGCCGAGGCACAAGCCGCUGCUGAGGCAGAGGCAGCCGCAGCCGCAGAGGCCGAAGCAGCAGCAGCAGCCGCAGCAGAAGCCGCCGCAGCAGCCGAGGCUGAAGAAGCUGCUCGUCUCGCGGUCGAACAAAUCGCAGCUGAAGAAAAAGAGCUCGCAGAUUUAGAGACAAAAAAGGCUAGGAGGGGCAGGCUCACCUCUAAGUUAGAUCGAGACCGAUACGACGAGCUAAAGGCUAAAGCGGACCAGAGAGCCCAGGAAAGAGCAGCAAAGGAGGCAGAGGAAGCUGCAGCAGCAGCCGAAGCUGAAGCAGCAGCCGCCGCCGAAGCAGCCGCCGCAGCGGAGGCCGCAGCAGCACAAGAAGCGGAGGAGGCUGCCGCCCGCGCUGCUGUAGAGCUCGCCGCAGAAGAACAGGAGCUUGCAGACCUCGAGACCAAAAAGGCGAAGAGAGGCAGACUUACCUCUAAACCGGAUAGAGAUCGAUACGACGUGCUCAAGGGCAAAGCAGAAAAGAGAGCUCAGGAGAAGGCAGCAAAGGAGGCAGAGGAGGCUGCUGCAGCUGCCGAAGCUGAAGCAGCAGCAGCCGCCGAAGCAGCCGCCGCAGCAGAGGCAGCAGCAGCACAGGAGGCUGAAGAGGCCGCUGCUCGUGCUGCUGAAGAGGUCGCUAUCGAGGAGCAAGAGCUUGCAGACCUCGAGACCAAAAAGGCGAAGAGAGGCAGACUUACCUCUAAACCGGAUAGAGAUCGAUACGACGAGCUCAAGGGCAAAGCAGAGAAGAGGGCGCAGGAAAAAGCAGCAAAGGAAGCAGAAGAAGCAGCAGCUGCAGCAGCCGCUGCGGAGCCUGAGCCCGAGCCUGAGCCCGAGGUCGCGCCUGAACCUGAACCCGAACCCGAGCCUGAGAUUGAUCAUGAGGCUGCUGAGAGGGAAGCCAAAGAAAUUGCGCUUGAAGAAGAGGAAUUAGCACUUCUAACUAAGAGGGCCCUUAGGGGUAAGCUUUUGAAGAAGGACAAGGAUCGCUACGAAAUCCUGAAGAAGAAAUCCCAGGAGAGAGCCGACGAGAAAGCAGCCAAGGAGGCAGCGGAGGCAGAGGCAGAGGCAGCAGCGGCGGCGGCAGCAGCAGCAGAGCCAGAGCCAGAACCGGAGCCGGAGCCGGAGCCAGCGGAGGAGCCAGUACCGGAGGCUGAUGAAGCUGCAGCUCUCGCUGAAGCAGAAGCUGCUCUCAUUGCGGAGGAAGAGGCAGAACUUGCAGCCUUGGAGGUCAAGAAGGGACGAAAGAAUAAGUUCACGAAGAAAGAUAAGGAGAGAUACGACCAAUUGAAGGACAAGGCAAAUGCAAGGGCCGAGGCCGAGGCGGCUCGACUGGCAGAAGAGGCGGCGGCGAGAGAAGCCGAGGAGCUUGCUGCCAAGGAGGCUGAGGAAGCAGCUGCCAGGGAAGCUGAGGAGGCUGCAGCUCGGGAAGCAGAAGAGGCAGCCGCCCGGGAAGCGGAGGAGGAAGCCGAACUUGCAGCAUUGGAAGUUAAGAAGGCCAAGAGAGGGAGGCUUCCGGCCAAGAAAGAUCGCGACCGCUACGAUGAACUCAAGGAGCGCAUUGAUGCACGGGCGGCGGCAAAAGCUGCAGAAGCUGAGCUUGAGCCUGAACCCGGACCCGAACCUACUCCCGAAGAGGAAGAUCCAGAGGCAGCGGAAGCCGCUGCCAAGGAAGCCGAAGAAGCCGCCGCUGCUGCUGAAGCUGAAGCAGCGGCAGCAGCAGAAGCCCAAGCAGCAGCCGAAGCCGAAGCGGCGGCAGCUCGUGAAGCUGAGGAGAUUGAGAUUGAAGAUGCCGAGCUUGCUGAGCUCGAAGCCAGGAAGGCUAAGCGAGGGAAGCUGGCGAGCAAAAAAGAGCGUGAGCGCUACGACUAUCUCAAGGAACGAGCUGACAAAAGAGCUGAGGAGAAGGCAGCGGCUGAAGCAGCAGCGGCUGAAGCAGAAGCCGCCGAAGCAGCCGCCGCAGCCGAAGCAGCCGAAGCAGAAGCUGCAGCUGCAGCAAAGGAAGCCGAAGAGGCUGCAGCAAGGGAGGCUGAAGAGAUUGCAGUAGAAGAGGCGGAACUUGCUGAGUUAGAAGCUAGGAAAGCUAGGAGGGGAAGACUCCCCUCUAAGUUUGUUGAAAGAUACGACUUUCUCAAAGAGCGUUCGGAGAAACGGGCUGCGGAUGCUGCUGCUGCUGCUGCCGCCGCCGCCGAGGCAACCGUAGAAGAAGAAGAAGAAGCUGAACCAGAGCCAGAGCCUGAGCCUGAGCCUGAACCUGAAGAAGCCCCCGAGGAGGUUUUUGAAGACGCUGAGGCUGAGGCCGAGGCUGAUGAUGCAGCUGCCGCUGAAGCAGCUGCUCGGGAAGCUGAGGAAAUCCUUCUCGAGGAGCAGGAACUAGCUGAUCUUGAGGCUCGGAAAGCCAGAAAGGGAAAACUCUCCUCCAAGAGCACCGAAAGAUACGAGCUUUUGAAGGAACGAUCAGAGAAACGGGCUGCGGAUGCUGCUGCUGCCGCUACCGCUGCCGAGGCCGCUGUAGAAGAAGAAGAAGCCGAACCCGAGCCUGAGCCAGAGCCUGAGGCUGAGGUUGAUGACGGACCUACAGCUGAAGAAAUCGAAGCGGAGGAGCAGGAGCUAGCUGAUCUAGAGGCGAGGAAGGCCAGAAAAGGAAAGCUCUCAUCUAAGAGCACCGAAAGAUACGAGUAUCUGAAAGAACGCUCAGAACAGCGGGCAGCAGCAGCGGCUGCUGCCGCUGAGGCAGCUGAAGAAGCUGAGGCAGAGCCAGAGCCUGAACCUGAACCUGAGGAGACUCCUGAGGUUGACGACGCAGCUGCAGCUGAAGAAAUUGAAGCUGAAGAGACGGAGUUGGCAGACUUAGAGGCAAGGAAGGCUAGAAAGGGUAAGCUUUCUUCUAAGAGCACCGAAAGAUAUCAGUAUCUGAAGGAACGCUCUGAGAAACGAGCUGCGGAUGCAGCCGCUGCAGCCGCAGCGGCUGAGGAAGAACCGGCCCCCGAAGAUGAAGAUGCUCCCGAGGAGGUUGAGGAAGAGCCCGAGGCUGAAGAAGAGGCUGAGGCCGACGAUGCAGUUGCGGCUGAGGCAGCUGCUCGUGAAGCUGAGGAGAUUGCGGCCGAAGAGACAGAGCUCGCGGACCUUGAGGCUAGGAAAGCUAGGAAGGGAAAACUCUCUUCUAAGAGUACUGAACGAUAUCAAUAUCUCAAGGAGCGCUCAGAGAAACGGGCUGCGGAUGCAGCAGCAGCAGCAGCAGCAGCAGAAGAAGAAGCCGAGCCAGAUCCGGAACCUGAAGAGGCCCCGGAGGAUGAUGAAGGCGACGAAGAGGAUGCAGAGGAUGUUGAAGAUGCUGAAGCAGCAGCUGCUCAAGAGGCCGAAGAGGCUGCUGCAAAGGAAGCUGAAGAGAUCGAGGCCGAAGAGACAGAGCUCGCGGACCUUGAGGCUAAAAAAGCUAAAAAGGGAAAAAUAUCUAGCAAAUACCGGGAGAGGUAUGAUUAUUUAAAAGAGCGUUCGGAGAAACGGGCAGCAGAUGCCGCUGCUGCAGCAGAGGCCGCCGCUGAGGCUGAAGCAGCUGCCGCCGAAGCUGAAGCCGCCGCCGCCGCCGAGGAAGCCGCUGCAGCAGAAGAGGCUGCCGCUAGAGAAGCUGAGGAGGCUGCUGCAAAGGAAGCCGAAGAAAUUGAGGCUGAAGAGACAGAGCUCGCCGAGCUGGAGGCCAGGAGAGAAAAGAGGUUUGGAAGGCUUCCCACUAAGAGCCGCGAGAGGUAUGAGUAUUUGAAAGAGCGUUCUGAUCAGCGGGCUGCGGCUGCGGAAGCAGCAGCUCAAGAAGCAGCAGAAGCAGCAGCCAAGGAAGCCGAGGAGGCUGCCGCCGCAGAGGCCGAAGAAGCAGCAGCCAAAGCAGCAGAGGAAGCUGCAGCGAAGGCCGAGGAAGACGCUGCGGAUGAUGCAGAAUUCGCGGCCCUCGAGGCUAAGAAAGAGAGGAGGGGGAAGUUGGGUAAGAAGGAUAAGGAGCGAUACGAGAUGCUGCAGAGCAAGAUUGAAGCCAGAGAAGCUGCUGCUGAAGAUGCCCCGGAUGAGCCAGAACCCGAGCCAGAAGAACCUGAGGAACCAGAGGAACCUGAACCCGAGCCGGAGCCGGAGCUCGACCCGGACGAAGUUGAAGAGCUUCUGGCUGAUCCACCCCCGAAGCCAAAACCAACCAGUGAUGCCUUCAGUUUCUGGGGCCUGGGGAGGAGGAAGAAAGGUACGUCAUCUUACUCUGGUGUACACCCGGCAUAUGUGGUGUUACCCAAACAUAUGCAUGGAGCACGUCAGCCGGAUUGAAAUCACUGACUCAGCGACAGUUGUGGAAGAACCCGUCGAACCGGAGCCGCCAGCGGAAGAGACGCCAAGAUCUAUGGGAGGUAAGAUUGCUGAUAAACUCCAAGCUUUUGAGUCUGCUCCGCCAAACGUGGAAGCCGAACCAACUGAGCCACCUCCGGCGGACCCCCCCUCAGUGCAAAAGAAAAAUCUCACGAAAAAGAAGAAUAAGAAGUUGACCAUCAAAGAAGAUAACCCCGAGGACGACGAGGAUUUGCCUGGCACAUUCCCGGAUGACGAAGACGACACAUUCGAAGACGCGAAAGAAGAGGAAGAAGAGGUAGAGGAAGCAAAGGAGGAGGAGGAGAAGGAAGAACCGCCUGCAGAAGAGGAGCCUCCCGCACCAGAGGAACCCGAGAAAGAAGACGAGAUCGUCGAGAUCAUCGACAUGGCCCCAUCGAAGAAGGACAAGAAAAAGAAGAAGAAGAGCAAGCACAAAGCUGUCGAGCCAGCGCCAGCACCCGAGCCAGAACCUGCACCCGAGCCAGAAGAGCCAGCACCCGAGCCCGAGGAGGAGGCACCGGAGCCAGAGGCGGAACCCGAGGCUGAAGCUGAAGCAUCAGAAUCCGAGCCCGAAGCACCACCGGCCGUCCCCGAUCCUCCCCCACCCCCGCCGUCGGAGCCUAGAUCCCCCAAGAAGACUCGGCCAAAGAUCAGCCGCGAUGCCGGCUCAUCAUGGAGCACAUGGAACUCACGCGAAAAAGAAAAGAAAUCGUCAAAGUCUAAGCACGGAAAACGAUCAGCAGAGAAGGAAGAUAAGGAGAAGGAGAAGACUUCUUCCAAGGGGUCAACGUCAGACAAAGCAGAGCGUUCAGAGAAAGCGUCUUCUCGAUCAAAGGGAACGUUCAGCACACCCCCGAUCACUAGGGCAACACCUGGUCGCGAGAAACGUCCAAGUGCUAGUCGUCGGUCGUCUCGACGGUCCGUGGAUGAAUCUGGAUUGAUGUCUCCUCCCGCUGAAGACAUGCCCGAGAUGUCAUCGAAAGCUGCUCGCGUUUUGGGUGUCGACGGGGACAAGCCUCGAGAGAAGCGAAGAUCUCGCAAGUCGCGUGCCCCUGAAGCCGAUGCGAGUGGAGAGGUAGAUGCAGCCCAAGAAAGGGUUGAGCGACGACGAUCAAGGAGAGCCCCACCGGAGGAAGAUAUUGCUAUGGCAGAUGCAGGAGACAUGCCCUCAAGACGUGGCUCAUCCUCAAAGAAGGGAGGUCUCUCGGGAUUGUUCAGUGGCCUUAGGAGCCCUAAGGUUGAGCGAGGUGAGGGCAGGAAACGCAGCAUGUAUUCUGCAACUGAUGAUGAGGGACGAGGCGGCGCAGAUGGUGAUCCUGAUAGAGAGGCUCGACGGGCUGCACGCAGAGCUCGACGAGCAGAGCGCGAUGCUGCGGAAGCAGAAGCCACCGAAGAGCGGCGAGCUAAGGAAGAGUCGCGCCGUGAGCGACACCGGCGGAGAGACGAAGAUGCCGAUAGAGAGGCCCGACGGGCAGAACGCCGAGCAGCUCGCGAAGAACAGCAGAAGGAGGAAGAACGAGAGGCUCGCCGGCAAGAACGGCGCCGAAUCCGCAAGGAACGAGAAGCAGAAGCCGCAGCUGCCGCAGCGGCCGCAGAGGAGGAGGAAGCGGCUGCUGUUGCCCGGCGGGAGUCUAGACGUGAACGUCGUCGUACUCAGCAAACCGAAGGCACAGAGGAUGAAGAAGAUCGCCGUAGACGACGCGAAGAACGGCGAGCAGCCAAAGAAGCUAGGGAGGCUGAAGAGGCCCAGUACCGAAGCAGUCGCCAAGCUGA